AUGGAUAAUGCCUCGUAUCAUUCCGUGAAAAAAGAUCCAACUCCAGUAAGGUCGUGGAAAAAACAAGAAAUUAUAAACUGGCUGGAAAGUAAAGGUGAGGUCGUAAUACAACCAAUAGUAAAGGCAGUAUUGUUGGAGAGAGUAAAAAAAAUAAAAUCGGAACACGAAAAAUACGUUAUCGACGAGUACGCAAAAGAAAACAAUAAAACCGUAUUAAGAUUGCCUCCAUACCAUUGCGAGCUAAACCCGAUAGAGCUCGCGUGGUCAUCCGUUAAACAUUAUGUCCGGACGCAUAACAAUACAUACAAAAUAAAAGACGUACAAGAAUUAUUAAAACAAGGCGUAGAACAUGUAACGCAAGAAAUGUGGACCAAUUUUGUUGAGCAUGUCGUAAAGGAGGAACACAAAUUCUGGGAAAUCGACUUCAUCACAGAUGAAAUUUUGGAGGAAGAACCUGCCGAAGGAGAUCACAUCAUGACAAUAGGAACAGGUGAUACCAGUGGUUCUGAAUGUUCUGAUUUUGAUUCAGAGUAUUCAGAUUCUGAAUGA